AGAUUUGACAACAGUGUAUUCCAAAAUAGCCCAUUAAAGUGGGAGAAAGUUUUCAGUUUUGCCGCGGAAAGUGAAUGAAAAUAGGUUCGAUUUGGCGCUAAGAUAACAAAAAUUUCGCCUAAAAACAUUUAUAGUGCAUUCUUCCUAAAAGUAAUUAAGUAAAUAAGUCACGGGAACACUAUGAAAACAUAGAAUCUAACCUCAGUGUAAACAAGGGACCAGUGACCGUUAAGGCCGUUAGUGACCGUUGGUACAAUGGAGGAAGACGAAGCCUUUGUGGACGAAAAUGUCCCCCGCAGAUCUCUACGUAUAGCUCUCAUUGAACUCAAUGAACACAUCCCAGAUACUCCAAAAUCUACAAACCCUGAGGAGAUGCUGGUUAUCCAAAGAGGACCCAGGAAGAAGCCCAUCACUUGGUCUCCGGUAGACUAUCAUAAAAUAGGUAGUUUACUAGCUCCCUCCAGAGACAGAACACCAGAGCCAGUGGUAACAAAGUCUGAGAUUAAUCCCAGGCUCAGGAGAAGGUUGAUCAUGAGUCCGUCGAAGAGCCCUUCGCAGGAAAUGGAUGUUUUCAUAGCCAAGAAGUUAAGGGCGUUAAAAAACAUUUCUCUACAGUAAACAUAAGGAUCUAUAGGUUAAUGUUUAGUUUAUAUUUUCAAAACGCUUACUUUAAAAAAUAAUGUUAGUUGAUACAGUCUUAAAUGACUCUUUCUGUUUGGUCUCUAGUAGUAGAAAAAUUUGUAAUAGGUAAAUUUUACACUAAGUACUCGUUUAUAAAGAUUAUAAGUAAAUAUUUUUAGUAGUUUUAUUAGUUAAUUUGAGCUUAGCCAUGAUUGCAAUUCAUUUUGAAAUGCCAAUAGUUUUCGUAGUUUCUUGUUUCUAUUUUUUUUUUUCAAUGAUUGCUGUUUCUAAUAUGAUCUUUAUUAUAAUAAUUUAGAUAUUUAUUGCAAGUUGUUUGUAAAUGUGUGUUUUGACUAAUGAAGCUAGGUACUUUUAAUACAUUUAAGUCUUAAUGAAACGAAUGAUACACUGUAAAAAAGUGUUUAUCCAAAUGUUUUAUUUGUUUAUAUAAUUUGAAAGAGGACUGCUUUUGGUAUUUGUGGUAAAUAUGGUAUGGAUUCAUUUGCUUGGAUCUGUUUCCACUUGAAAAUACUUAGAUUCUUAGCUUAUGGGAAAUGGGCCAAUUUUUCUUUGUAAUAUCUGGCGAAUUUUUACAUUUUUUUAUUCAAGUAUCUGUUUUUAUUUCCAUCUUACGUUGGUCUUGUUACUCCUUAUACUUUAUAAUAAAGUAGAAAUCCUUUAAAAAUGACAUUCUCCACAAAUUAUAUAUUGAUAUUUCCUCUUCUUAGUGAGCUCUUUAAAUGGAUCUAAUUUUCUAUAAAUUGACACAUUGACUACAAUUGAACAAAUAGCAAUAGGUUCAAGCCAUUGUAGUUUAAUUUUUUUUUUCAUUUUUUCAAUCCUACUAUUCUAAAAGUGCCUUAUACCAUUGCAAUGCAUUGCAAUAUUUGUAAGAACAUUAGGUGUAAUGAACAAAAUAAUAAUCACAAUAAAAUUUAUAUUUGCAUUUUAUAAAAAUAAAUAUAUUUUAUAUGAAUAAAUAA